AUGUUGUACAUAAUUGGUCUCGGUCUGGCCGACGAGCGGGACAUUUCCACCCGAGGUCUCGAGAUUGUUCGCAAAGCCGAACGCGUAUAUCUCGAAGCCUACACCGCAGUCCUUCUCUGCGACAAAGAGCAGUUGGAAGCCUUCUAUGGCCGUGAAGUAAUCAUCGCCGACCGCGAGAUGGUCGAAUCGCAAUCCGACGACAUCCUCGCCAAUGCAGACACCGUCGAUGUCGCCUUCCUCGUUGUGGGAGAUCCCUUCUCCGCUACCACCCACACCGACUUCGUUUUGCGAUGUCGACAAAACGAUCCUCCAAUCCCCACACGAACGUUGCCAAACGCCUCCAUCUUGACGGCCGUGGGUGCCACGGGAUUGAGUCUGUACAACUUUGGCCAGACGGUCAGCAUGGUCUUCUUCACGGAUGAGUGGAGACCAGACAGCUUCUAUGAUCGCGUCGCGGAGAAUGUGAAGCUGGGAUUGCACACGUUGGUUUUGUUGGAUAUCAAGGUCAAAGAGCCGGAUUUGAAAGCCAUGGCGAGAGGGAAGAUCAUCUAUGAGCCUCCGCGAUUCAUGACCGUCGCGCAGUGUGCGAGUCAAAUGGUGGAGGUGGAGGAGGGCACGGAAGAGAAAGAGGGGAGGAAAGAAGACGUCUGUGGGAGGGAGAAACUCGCUAUUGGAGUUGCGAGAUUGGGAAGUGAAGGAGAACAGAUUGUUGCCGGCACAUUGGAGGAGCUGAUGGAGGCUGAUCUGGGAAAGCCGUUGCACAGUCUGGUGCUGUGUGGGAAGACGAUGCACGAGAUGGAGUGGGAAUUUGCAAGAGGCUAUGCUGUCGAUCAAGAGAAGUUCGACCGGAUAUGGAAGAGAGACUACGCUGGCAAGAGCUGA